AUGCCCGAAGCAACAGUUCUCGAUGUUAGGCGUAGGCUGAACAAGAUGCCUGAAGAUCCGGCCAACGGACCUCUUCACGUGGAGAAGAUCACGAUCAAGGAUGACGAAUACGAACUCAUCACUCACCCGAAAGAACACGUCCUUGCCAUUGAUGACGAUGACGACGACGACUGGGAUGACUGUGAGGCGCCUCUCACAGUCGCCGACACAACUUCUCCCAAAGUUGUUGACAAUUCUGCGGCCCUCGAAUCCCCCGCCCCCGUCAAUCAACGCCCAGAACAACCACUGGUAAACCGAAUCAAUAACAAAAAGACGAAAGCGCAGGUCGCUUCUGCGUUGCAGUUUUUGCAGCCAGAGAUCAGGACCUAA